AUGCCCGCGAUUGGCCUCUACUGCACUGCAGCUGCCAUACGGGCCUCCCGUUUAUGCAGGCUUGAUGGUUCUUUCCUGCGUGAAGGGAGGGGGCUGCUGUCUGGCUGUCGUGCGACGGAGAGGAGAGAGGCCUGUGCGUUUAAUCAGAGAUGUGCAGAAGCACGCGCAGGGAGCGAUGCCAGCAGCGCUUGGGGCUCGGCGAACGCUGGAACACUUUUCCAGUGCAGGCAUGUUCGGAGAGCUUUCUCUACGGCACCCAAAUUGGACGAUAACACUGUUACAGCCAUGCAUGGCGGAGACUUUGAGCGCUUGCGCGUUGCUCGCCUAUUGCGGCGCUACCAGAUGCUUCGGCCUGAAGACCGAAUGCGGCUUGAGCACGAACAUCGGAGGGAGGGCGGAAGCUUCAUGGGAAAGUGGCAAGAACUUCGUGCUCAAGGCAUAGACAAUCAGCUUCAGUCUUGGGAAGCAGAAAAGCGUGAACGGGAAGAGCAGCAGGAACGGACGCUACGUCUGCGAGAUAUUUACAAACCUGCUCAUUUGCGUCGGCGCAAGCGGAAAGUUAAACGGGUUCAGCAGUCUGAGGAGCAGGCGCCGCCAGUGGUGGCUGCAAAUUUUACGGAGGAAGCACAGACUCUGAGUCUAGUGGAAGAUGCCUAUAAAGCCGAAGUAUACGAAGAGAUCUGCGCCAGGCUUAGCCGAGAGUGGGAAACCCGGGACCAUCUCAGUGACAGUUUUGUUGACAUAUUGGAGGAAGCCCUCCGGCAUGACUUAAUGGACCAAAGUCGCCCCACUCUUGUGAAUGAGUUCACUGACUUUGAUAACCCGUACAUGUUAAAGCGCCAGGCUCUCAAGAGGCUGCUGGAGGAACGCGGGACACGCAACGCACUGGACGAAUCGAUGAUUGAUAAGUACCUGGACAAGAGGCCAGACCUCCUGAAGUUGCGGCUUGCUGUGAGUCGCCUGAUAGAAGCGAAGCUACCGCCGGAAGUUGUUGAGCCUUUAGUUGCUUUCCACGGCAUCACGUGCUACAACUUCGACAAGCGCACGCGUUUGGGUCAGAAGGUGAAUGCAGUGCUUAAGGCUGUCAACUCUGUUGACUGCGAGUUGGACCAAGUGCUGCAAAGCUUAGAGGAGAAUAGGCGCUCUGACAUGAUACACGAGUUCCAUCCGUUUCGGAACCAUUUCGGAUUCGUUUCUGCCGUUCCUACUGGUACUGCUGGCUCCAUUUUGAUGGGGCGUGAGGAAAGUGGAACGGACAAGGAGCUUAGGAUGAUUCGAUAUCCAACGUUGCAGCGCGUGGCCCACACUUUGCCGAAGGAUGCAAAGUAUCGUGCCAUCGUUGCCCAUGCAAUUCGAGUUCUUGAGCGAUCUCGGGGUUGGGACUUCAAAGACAAGCUCAAGGCAGUGAGCACAUUGAUUGAAGUCUACAACCACCUUCCACCUAGCGCCACUUACGAACGCAAGUUGGAUGAAGCUUUUCCGGUCCUCAGAAAACCCGGAAUGACGAGGCAGACAAAGUCUAGGAAUUCGGUCUUUUGCAGGGGGUUGAGAUAUAUAAGGUCUCUAUCAACACAGAAACCGCUCUCCAUGCGGCUUGCAAAGAAGAAGUGA